GAUCUAAGUCUGUGCCGGUUGAUCUAGUGUUGACAAUAUAGAAUAUAUUCGAAAAAGAAGAAGAAGUAUUGAAAAAGAAAGUGAUAUAAAGUUUUAAUAAGUUUAAUUUACGUCUGAACCAUGACUGAUUUACCUUAUCUAGCAGAAUAUGCUAAAUCAGGACGUGCGUCUUGUAAAAACUGCAAACAAAAAAUAGAUCAAGGAGCCCUACGCAUUGCUCGCAUGGUGCAGUCUGCAUUUCAUGAUGGCAAGCAGCCUAACUGGUACCAUGAAGAUUGCUUUUUUGAAAAACAACGUCCUACAACUCAUGCAGAUAUUGGAAAUUUCAAUAAACUCCGAUCAGAGGAUCAGAAAAAUGUAAAGGCGAGAAUAGAAGAAAAUUCAGGUGUUGUGGUACCAGAAGGAAGUGGUAGUAAAGGUAAGAAGGGGAAAGGUACGAAAAGAGCUGCCAGUAGUGCAGCACCAGCUACAGGUGCUCUAAGAGAUUUUGCUGUUGAGUACUCUAAAAGUAGCAGAGCUACUUGCAAACAUUGUGAUAUUAAAAUUUGCAAGGAUGAAGUCCGCAUUUGUAAGGUAGUGUUUGACACAGAGAUAGGUGCUAAGCAUGGAGGUCAGCCACUUUGGCAUCAUGUUAAGUGUUUCAAUGAAGCAAGGGCAGAGUUAUUGUAUUUUGCUGGAGGCGAAAGUCUACCUGGCAUCAAAACAUUAUCUAAAGAAGACCAGAAAAUGGUGAUUGAUGAAAUCAAACCAUUUAAAACUGAUGAAGUACCUGUUAAGAAAUUGAAAGAAGAACCAAAAGAUGCAGCAGAAUUAAAAGAAGAGCAAAAGAAGGAGAAGAACAUGGACAAGCAGAAUAAGUUGUAUUUUAAGUAUAGAAAUGCUUUAAGUGAAAUGAGUAAGAAUGAUAUACAGGAGUUACUUGAAGAGAAUUCACAGGAAAUACCAACAGGCCGUGAUGAGUGUUUGGACCGUUUAGCUGAUUGUAUGGCAUUUGGAGCUCUUGAACCUUGUCCAGAAUGUAAACAAGGGCAGCUUGUCUUGGACACGUUUGGAUACAAGUGUACAGGUAAUAUCAGUGAAUGGACCAAAUGUUCCUUUGUAACUCAAAAUCCAAAGAGGAAGCCCAUGGCAGUUCCGAAAGCUUUUAAAAAAAGCUCUGUAUUCAAUAAGUACAAGCCAAAAGUCGACGUUCGCCUGUUCCACUCGGCGCCUCCUCCGCCGGUUAUAGUGAAUCUCAAACAAGAUCCUGAAAAACCAAUAAAAAAAGACAUUCCAAUACCACCAUUGAAGAAUCUCCAGUUCUUCAUAUAUGGCAAGUUGAAGACGCCCAAAGAAGAUUUGAAGCGGCGCAUUUUAAAGCUUGGUGGCUUAGUGGUAAAUUCGCUCACGGAUACGCUCGCCGCUGUCGUUUCUACUGCCAGGGACAUAGAACGGAUGCCCGAGAAGAUGUCUCAGAUACAAGAAAAGGACAUUGAGGUUGUGGAUGAAUCGUUCUUCGAUUUGAUAGACCCCCAAACUGGUACCGUUUCUAAUACGCUACAACUGAUCAAGCAGCACAAUAUCGCCGAGUGGGGCUCUGACCCAAUGACGCGGGUGCCUCAAGACGUGGUUGACGGGAAAUCUAUUCCGAAAUCGGGAAGCAUGUAUGAAAAGUCAAAUAAAUCGUCUGUGAAGUUGAAGCUUAAAGGUGGAACGGCGGUUGAUCCCGACUCUGGCUUGGAAGACGUCGCCCAUGUGUACCGUGAUGGAGAAGGCACCAAAUAUACAGUGGUGCUCAGUAAGACUGAUGUCGUUGCACAGAAAAACUCUUAUUACAAGCUGCAAGUUUUGGAGCAUGAGAACAAGAGGAAAUACUGGCUAUUCCGUUCGUGGGGACGCAUAGGUACCACCAUCGGCGGCAACAAGGUGGAAGAGUGUAAGUCAUGUGAUGAUGCCAUCGAUAGAUUCACCUCUCUUUAUAUGGAAAAAACUGAAAACCCAUGGGAAUGCCGCAAUAACUUCAUGAAGGUGCCUGAUCGCUAUUACCCAAUCGACGUGGAUUAUGGAGAAGAUGAGGCAACGAAAAAAGUUAUGCGCGAAGAUAAGUCUUGCACUCUUCCAUUGCCUUUGCAAAAAUUGAUUCAGUUGAUAUUUGAUGUGGAGAGUAUGAAGAAAGUACUGCUAGAGUUUGAGCUCGAUACAGAAAAGAUGCCUCUUGGAAAAUUAUCCAAGAAGCAAAUCAAGUCUGGUUAUGGAGUAUUAUCCAAGUUACUGAAAGAUUUUCAAGAUGGAAGAGCUAAUCAGAACAAAAUAGUUGACGCUACCAACAGAUUCUUUACAUUGAUUCCACAUAAUUUUGGUGUCAAUAACCCGCCAUUGCUAGAUGAGAACCUUAUUAAAACCAAGUGUGAAAUGUUAGACAAUUUACUGGAAAUAGAAAUCGCUUACAGUCUUUUGGAUACAGGUGAUGAUUCGGAUAGCCCAGUGACUGCUCAUUACAAAAAACUAAAAGCGGAGAUCGCUCCGCUUGACCGAAAAUCAUCAGAGUACGAGAUCAUAGAGAAGUAUUUGCGGAACACACACGCCGCUACACAUUCCAAUUACACACUUGACAUACAAGAGGUGUUCCAAGUGGUACGUGAAGGAGAGGAUAAGAGAUACAAACCGUUCAAGAAGCUACAUAACCGUCGUCUGUUGUGGCACGGCUCGCGUACUACAAACUUUGCGGGCAUCAUAUCGCAAGGCCUGCGUAUCGCGCCCCCUGAGGCUCCGGUGACAGGUUACAUGUUCGGUAAAGGCAUCUAUUUUGCGGACAUGGUGUCCAAGUCAGCCAACUAUUGCUACACCAACGCUAACAAUAACGUCGGACUGUUGCUACUGUGCGAGGUCGCUCUGGGAAAUAUGAAAGAGUGCACUCGCGCUGAGAAUUGGUCCAAGCCGCCUAAAGGUAUGCACUCAGUAUGGGGCGUGGGCCGCACUCAGCCGGACCCCUCUCAGUUCCACACGGCACCAGACGGUACACUAGUGCCUCUCGGCCCACCACAGACCAACCCCGUUAACACCUCGCUGCUAUACAACGAAUUUAUCGUGUACGAUGUGGCGCAGGUGAACGUGAAAUAUCUUCUUCAAGUGAAAUUCAACUUUAAAUAUUAAAAUGUAAUAAUAUUAAUGAUGAGACUUCAUAUUUUUGUGUGACAUUUGUUAAGAUGAUCUAUCUAUAUUGUUAUCGAAGUUAACCAGUCAUCAAUGUGAUUUUUUUUGUAAUUCAUUUGUUAACAUCACCUACCCAUAAUGUUAUGUAAGUUCAAAUUCAUCAAUGUGAUUUGUGAUAGUUUCUUAUCCCUUUGUUUUUUGUUUAAGAUUUGUUAUGUUAGGUUUUAUGCACUAGACACUGUACUUAUUUAAUGAGACCACUUGCUUUAUAAAUCUAGUUCUGCCGUAUAGGUAGUGACGAAUUCUAAUUCUCUGCUAAAUCAUUAUUUUUUUCAAUUCCCGAUAAUUACAAUUUAUGACUACUUUUUUAACCAUAAAUAAACAUUACGAAACAGCGAAGACAUCUGUAUAUUAAUAUGUAGAACACUACUUAUGCAUCUUAGGGCGUUCGCUAAGUUUUGGUAUCCAUUUCCAGCGAGUACAGUUGUAUUGGAUGUAGUAACAUGGAUUAUUAUUUGCUAAUACUAUUUGUCAAAAAAAGUAACGAAUAUCAACUAAAAAACGCUACCCACUGCGCGCGUUUACAAACUCGUCGCAGGCGUCCGUUCACAGAGCACUACUCGUGCUAUUUUAUUUUAUACAUGAGCUUCGUGCUUAGUCAGUUCAUAAGGAAUAAUCAUUACAAUUUCAAUUACUUUAAUGAUGUUUUUGAUUUUCAAAUUUAAGUUGAAUUAAGUAUGUACAGUGUGACAUAAUGUGAUAUUACAAUUUUAUAAUGUAGCCUUGGUCUAUAAAUCUCAGUGAAGCAUUGUGUCUUUUAUUGUAAUUGUUACUACAAUGGUAAUUAUAAUUUUGUCAUUAUUACGUAUUAAAUCAUAUUUUUCUGAUU